AGGGAAGGAAAAAAUUCGCUAAUUGGAGGAACAGAAGGGUUAACCAAGAGCAGGAGCCUGCAUUUUUCACAGCCAAUAUGAUGCGUUGGGUGAGCCUCCUAUCAAUGUCCGUCAUUUUCCGGCUGUUUUUUGACCUGCCCUGGAUUCAAGUGGUGCCAGCCCUUGUCAUAUUCUAUUUGGGCUCCAGUGGAUGGCAGUUCCUCCGGAUCUUCGUGAAGACGAUCAAGCGGGACGCUACGACCGCCAGGGCCGUCCUGUCCACCCGCUUGAAGAUCUGGUGGUACGUGAAACGGAGGACCACCAUCCCCGCGCUCUUCCAGCAGACGGUCCAGAGACACCCGGAGAAAGUGGCCCUCGUCUUCCAAGGCACGGGAGAAAAAUGGACCUUCCGCCAGCUGGACGACUACUCCAACCAGGUGGCCAAUUACUUCUACGAGCAGGGCUUCCGCUCGGGGGAUGCCGUGGCCCUCUUCAUGGAGUCCUGCAACCAGUAUGUCGGCCUCUGGCUCGGGCUGGCCAAGAUUGGGGUGGAGACGGCUCUCCUGAACUCCAACGUGCGGCAGGAGUCCUUGGUCCACUGCAUCCAGAUCUCCCACGCAAAGGCCAUCGUGUUUGGAAGCGAGCUGGCCGAAGCCUUGAAGGAUGUCCAGCCCUCCCUGGAUAGAUCCACUCGCCUCUUCUGCUCCGGUGAUCCACAGGCCGCCAGCUCCCUGCCAGGGGUGGAAGAUCUCGACUCUCCGGUUGCGAAGGCCCCGCGCCAACCGCCCAGCCCACCGGACAAGGGAUUCUUAGACAAACUCUUCUACAUUUACACUUCCGGAACAACGGGCUUACCCAAGGCAGCAAUCAUCGUCCACAGCAGGUAUUUCCGGAUGGCGACCCUGGUUUACGGGGGCUUUCGCAUGACGCCGGAUGAUGUGGUUUACGACAGUCUCCCUCUCUACCACACGGCAGGGAAUAUUGUCGGGAUCGGGCAGUGUCUCCUGCACGGAAUGACGGUUGUGAUCCGGAGGAAGUUUUCAGCGUCUCAGUUUUGGGAUGAUUGUGUCAAGUACAACUGCACGAUUGUACAGUACAUCGGGGAGAUUUGCCGUUACCUGCUGAACCAGCCGUCGAAAGAGGUGGAGCGUCAGCACCGAGUUCGGAUGGCGCUGGGGAACGGCCUGCGGUCCUCCAUCUGGAAGGAGUUCGUGGAACGCUUCGGCAUCCCCCAGAUUGCCGAGUUUUACGGCUCCACCGAGUGUAACUGCAGCGUGGGGAAUUUUGACAACAAGUUCGGAGCCUGUGGCUUCAACAGCAGAAUCCUCCCCCAUGUUUACCCCAUCAAGCUAAUCCGGGUCAACGAAGACACCAUGGAGCUGAUCCGGGGACCAGAUGGGCUUUGCCUGCAGUGUGAACCAGGGGAACCAGGUCAGCUGGUGGGGCGCAUCGUCCAAAGCGAUCCGUUGCAGCGUUUUGACGGCUACUUGAACCACGAGGCCAACAAUAAGAAGAUCGCCCGAGAUGUCUUCACCAAAGGCGACUCUGCCUACCUCUCAGGUGACGUUCUGGUCAUGGACGAGCUGGGCUACCUGUAUUUCCGAGAUCGCACGGGAGACACCUUCCGCUGGAAGGGUGAGAACGUCUCCACGACCGAGGUGGAGGGCACCCUCAGCCGGAUCCUCAGCAUGGCGGAUGUGGUGGUCUACGGCGUGGCAGUGCCAGGCACGGAAGGGAAAGCUGGCAUGGCUGCCGUCGUCGAUAAGGAACAUUCCUGCGACUUGGAGCGGUUUGCAGCAGAAAUGAAGAAAUCGUUGCCGGCCUACGCCCGGCCGGUUUUUUUGCGCUUGCUGAAGGAAGUGCAUCAGACAAGCACCUUCAAGUUCCAGAAAGUCGAUUUACGCAAGGAAGGAUAUGAUCCCAGAGUGGUGAAAGAUAAAUUAUUCUACUUGGACUCUCGGGAAUGCCGGUAUAAGCUAUUGGACGAAGAAAUCUUCGAAAAGAUCCAGUCGGGACAAAUCAAGCUGUAAAAGGAGGGGAGAGGAAUCAAAAGGACUUUUUUUCCCCCCUUCAAAAACUCAUCAUAUCCUUCGGUGCAAGGACUUGGGAUUACGAUGGGACAGGAAAACUGGAAACGGUCAAGUCAGUUUCUGGGUUUGGGCUCCCUCCCCCUUGUUGCCGACCACCUCCCGACCUGACGCCAGAUUAGAGGGGG